UAUGUCAACGUCAUUGUUUUGUCACGCAUCGAUAAAUUUUGUUAGGUUAUGUUAAAUCCUAAUUUACACUUUAUAAUUGUAUUACGAUAAUUUAGAAAAGAAUCUCAAGAUGCCUUUUAUGAAAGGUAGAGCACCCAUUCGUCGCACUUUAAAUUAUUUAAACGCCGGUAAAUUAGUGUUGAAAGACAGAAUUAAAAUAUUUUCGGUAGCUUACAAUAUUUUUGGAGAAAACAACAGUGGUGCAAAAGAUUUCGUCUUCUGGUAUCUUCCACAAAUCCAGUAUAAAAAUCCUGAUGUUCAAGUAGCUACUUUAAAAAAUCUUACACCUUCACCAUUUAUAAAGUGUUAUUUGGAUGACGGAAAAAAAAUAUUGAUUGAUAUAGACAAUAAGUCCAAAGAAGAAAUUCUACAACACUUAUUAAAUACUGUUGGUAAAUCUAGAGACGUUUUGAAAGCAGAAGCUGUAGCUGCUGAGAAAAAGGACAAUCCUGCUAAUUUUGGUGUUGGUUGUGAAAGACCUUGUAUAUGUGAAGUGUAUGGGCAAGUACCUUGCCCGGGUGUUGUUCCUUUGCCCAAAUUUAUGAGAGGGAAAUAUAAAAACCAAAAUGCGUAAUUAGUAUAUUUAGUCAUAUAUAUGUUUAACAUAGUAAAGUUUGUUGUUUAUAGUUAA